CCAACAUCAACAUUCUUAUAUUACAGCAACGACUUUGGGCGAUGUAUGCCGCUCGAGCACGGGCGGCAACCACACUCGCGUGCUUCUCGCGCACGGUACAUAUCUGUCGCCGCACCGGUUCCUACUUCCCACGACAUGUGUUCCCGAACAAAUCCUACGCCGGCAUAACUCUGCAGCAGAAACGAUACAAGAGCGAUGACUUGAGCGGUACUCUGAAAAGCCUGGAUGUUGGAGGGAAGAUGGCGGGGGAGAACGUGACUGAGCCGAGGGCGAAGGAGGAUGAUCCGACGCCUGCAGCUGCUGGGAGUGCUGAAGUAGAGCAGGUGAAAGGGAAAGAAGAAUCAGUUGAGGAAAAUGUGAAGAACGAGUCUGACUCUCUUGAUGCGUCUCCAAAAUCCGGGAGCGAGGAAGCAGGCUCCAUUGAAGCGAAGGAGUUCGCGGCGCUAUUAAGUGCUGCCGAUGAGGGGCUUCUGGAUGUGAAGGAGGAUGCAGCAUACGAAGAGGACGAGGAAGAAGAGGACGAGGAAGAGGGGGAGGAGGAGGAAGGGGAGGAGGAAGACGAACACGACGACACGAACGACAAGAUGACUCGGCGCCCUCUACCGACCAGGACGCGCGAGACGGACACGCCAGAAUCCCUCUUCUUCAACCGUGACGAGCUAUUAGAAGAACGUGCCGCGCUUCACGAGUGCUACGCGGCUGGAUGGACGCCGUACGAGUCCAAGUCGCCCGUCCGGCUCAGCAACCUCGUCGACAAGUACUUCACCUACCAGAGGAACCGGUUCCCGAAUUCGGACCUCGGGCGGGAGAUGCUGGCGGAGGUUAUCGGAGAUAAAAGAAAGGCAGGAAUGAAGAUGGUGGACUUUGACACUCGCGUAUUGUUCUAUCGGUACGGCGUUGGCGGGAUCCGGUGGUCCAAGUUCCCCAUCAAGCUAUAUCACGAACGCUACCGGAUAACAGGCUGGCCGGACGACACACCUACGAUCGGGAUUCCUAAAGGGAAGGUUCCCUGGAGGGAAGCGAAGAGCGCGGAGGUGCUGAUAGCUCUCUGGCAUGACCAGAUCAAGCUAGAACACUGGCAUGAAGCGGAAGUCCAAGGCAAUUACCCCCCACUGCUGAUCUACGCCUCUGAGCGCAAGUUCAGGCGGUACGACGACAUGAUCAAGAAGCACCUUCGGGAAGAAGCGCAAGAGGCGGCCAAGCUCGAGCGGCGGCGGAUCAAGAAUAUCAAGAAGGGGGUCAAAGCCGAGCAGAUACGACAGAAGCGGGCGGAGAGACGAGAAAAGCAGGCAGCGAAGGAGAAGAUUGGCGGACCUAGGGUUGAGAGGCAGAGAGUGGACUACGGGGCGCUCGCUGGGAGCAUGAGUGUCGCUCCUGACGAGGAUGGGAAGGGGGGAUUGGGGAUCGCUGCUGAAGCGAGGAAUACGGAUCUCUGGAAAGUGCAGAGCCAGACGAACAGGAAGUUGCAGAUGCCUCAGUUGGAUAUGGAGGGGUUGAACCUGCCUGAGAAGAAGGAGAGAGAGCCCACCCCGAAGUUGCCUGGGUAUCUGCCGCAGGGCCCGCCGGAGGGGUGGUAG